GCUGUGAGUGAGUAAGGACAGACUUCAGUCAUGACCUUUUCACAGUAUGUGAGGAAUGCGUGGCUCUCGAAUGCAACAAUGGAAUAACUGCUGGACUAAAGCUGGAGGUGCCAUUCUUAGUGCCUUUUGUCUGAUAGACAGCACAUCAUCACUCCAUCCUGCAGAGGUCUGAGCUCAAGCAGCAAGCUAUCAGUUUGAAGAAGAAAUGCAGUUUCAAAGAAAUUUUCUUGGUAUAGAAUUUGCCCAGGAGCAUGAAAUUUUUGUUUUGCUGACAUUUUAUCUUGUGUGCCUAUGGGGGAGAAAGAGGAGAACAUGGAAGGAAAACAUGCAUUUAUAUCUCCAGAAGAGGGGCCAAGAAGGGGCUAUUGGCUCACCUGCUAAGAGAAAAGUCUCCUCAGAUACUGUCCUCCUGCCACCUUUUGCCUAAGUGUUCCUGUGGAGCAAGGGGGAAAUAUUGCUCAUAUUCAGGACAGUUAAGGUAACAUGCAUGUGUCACUAGCAGAGGCUCUGGAGGUUCGGGGGGGACCAUUGCAAGAAGAGGAAAUAUGGGCUAUUUUGAAUCAAAGUGCAGAGAGCCUUCAAGAACUAUUCAGAAAAGCUGAUCCUGCUGCUCUGGGAUUCAUCAUUUCUCCAUGGUCUCUCCUGUUGCUUCCAUCUGGCAGUGUGUCAUUUACUGAUGAAAAUGUGUCCCAACAAGACCUGCGAGCAUUCACAGCACCAGAGGUUCUGCAGAACCACUCGCUGUCUUCCCUGUCAGAUGUUGAAAAGGUCCAUAUUUAUUCUCUUGGUAUGGCGCUCUUUUGGGGAGCUGACCACGAAGUUCCUCAAAGUCAGCCUAUCAAGCUUGGAGACCAUCUCAACAGCAUUCUCCUGGGCAUGUGUGAAGAUGUCAUUUAUGCCCGUGUGUCUGUUCGGACUGUUCUGGAUGCCUGCAGCGCCCACAUAAGGAACAGCAACUGUGCCCCUUCUUUCUCAUAUGUGAAGCAGUUGGUCAGACUGGUUCUGGGAAGCCUGUCUGGGAUGGAUCAGCUGUCUUGUAAUGGAGAUAGAAAAUUGCAGCCAGACAGGAGCCAGGCAAUUCGGGAGAGGCUGAGGGGAAAAGGGCUUCCCACAGGAAAAACAUUGGCUGUUGAUGCACCUGAUGGACACAGAGCUCACUUCUCUCAACAGACCACCCUUAACAAAGGACUUAGCAAGUCUAUGGGAUUUCUGUCCAUUAGAGGAACACGAGACGAGGAAGAGUUUUUCCAGGGCAUUUCUGCAGAUUACAGUUCGGGUCAGGAAGAUGUUUUCUGUCCUCAUAGGUGUAAAACCAGUGAGCUUGAGAAAAAAGGUCACCUUCACACAGAUGUCCCUCCCAAACGGAAAAUAUGGGCUUCUUCCACAGAUUUGCUUUGCUCUACUGACAAGGCAGCUGAGAGGGACCAUGCUGGAGGCUCUCACAGGCACAGCCAUCAGUGUGAAACAUUUACAGUACGGACUUCUACUACUGCCAGAAACAAGGAAGCAAGAUACUCCGAUGGGAGCAUAGCACUGGAUGUCUUCGGACCACAAAAACUGGACCAAACGCGCCACAUGCCUGAGACAUCAACUUCUGCAGCAAUAUCAAGUGCCUUUGACAGGAUAAGAGAGAGACAGAAGAAGUUGCAGCUUCUGAGGGAAGCUAUGAAUGUAGAAGAGCCUUUGAGAAGGUACAAAUCUUACCACAGCGAUGUUUAUAGUACUUCAAGUGAAAGUCCAUCUGUUAUUUCUUCAGAACCAGAUUUCAGGCAAGUGAGAAGAAAUGAAGGUUUCAAGAGAGAUGAUGCCAGUGGUGUGUUAUCAGGUGCUGAUGAUAUCUCCACAUCAAGUCAAGCUAAUUCUCAGAGAACAAGGCAGCAUGAAGCACCAUUUGAAGGCAAACUAAUAAGUCAAGAAGUGAUGCUGAAGCGCCAGGAAGAAGAAAUGAUGCAACUGCAAGCUAGGAUGGCUCUGAGGCAGUCCCGGCCCAACCUCUACCCAGGGGAUGCAAUCAGAUCCUCAAUGCUUGAUAUCACCAGAGACCCGCUGAGGGAAAUAGCCCUGGAAACAGCCAUGACACAAAGAAAACUGAGGAAUUUCUUUGGCCCAGAGUUUGUGAAAAUGACGAUUGAGCCAUUCAUCUCCUUGGAUCUACCGAAAUCUAUCUUGACUAAGAAAGGCAAGAGUGAUGACACCAGGCGAAAAGUAAGCGUGAUGCUUCUGAGUGGGCAGAAGCUGGAGCUGACCUGUGACACCAAAACAAUAUGUAAAGAUGUCUUUGAUAUGGUAGUUGCCCAUAUUGGCUUGGUGGAACAUCACUUCUUUGGAUUGGCUACUUUAAGAGACAAUGAGUUUUUCUUCGUGGAUCCUGACAUUAAGCUAAGUAAAGUAGCUCCGGAAGGAUGGAAAGAAGAACCGAAGAAGAAGAACAAGCCUCCUGUCAACUUCACUCUGUUUUUUCGCAUAAAGUUUUUUGUGGAUGAUGUCAGUCUCAUACAGCACGCGCUGACCUGUCACCAGUACUACCUGCAGUUGCGGAAGGACAUCCUAGAAGACAGGAUGCACUGUGAUGACGAGACAGCCUUAUUAUUAGCAUCUCUAGCUCUCCAGGCUGAGUAUGGAGAUUAUCAGGCAGAGGUGCACGGCUUGUCCUACUUCAGACUAGAACAUUAUGUCCCAGCAAGAGUGAUGGAGAAACUGGAUCUGUCCUACGUCAAGGAAGAGCUGCCAAAACUGCACAGCACUUACGUGGGUGCUUCUGAAAAAGAGACAGAGUUAGAAUUUCUGAAGUUGUGUCAGAGGCUCACAGAAUAUGGGGUUCACCUUCAUCACGUGCUGCCUGAGAAGAGAUCCCAAACAGGAAUCCUUCUGGGGGUGUGCUGCAAAGGAGUUGUCAUUUUUGAAGUUCACAAUGGUGCCCGCACACCUGUACUGCGCUUCCCAUGGAGAGAGACAAAGAAAAUAUCCUUUAGUAAGAAGAAAAUAACUUUGCAGAACACAUCGGAUGGCAUCAAGCAUGCCUUUCAGACUGACAAUAGCAAGACUUGCCAGUACCUUUUGCAUCUCUGCUCUUCCCAGCAUAAGUUCCAGUUACAGAUGAGAACCAGGCAGAGCAACCAAGACACUCAGGACAUUGAAAGAGCUUCAUUUAGGAGCCUGAACCUUCACGCAGACUCUGUCAAAGGCUUCAACAUGGGCCGAGCCAUCAGCACUGGCAGCCUGGCCAGCAGCACUCUGAACAGACUCGCUGUUCGACCCCUGUCUGUCCAAGCAGAGAUCCUUAAGAGACUGUCCUGCUCUGAGCUCUCGCUCUUCCAGCCACUUCCUGGCUCUGCAAGGGACAAGAACGAGAAGAGUCUAUGGGAGGAAAGACCCAGAGUUAUGAGCAAGUCUUUUCACGAUCUGAGUCAGAGUCACAUCUCUGUUUACCCCUCGAAGAAAAAUGUUAUUACUGCUUUGGACUCUUCCCCCAAAAAAAUAGAAGAUAUAAUGGGAAGGGUUUUUCAGCAAAUGCCAAAAUUUGAUACUGGAUCAGCAACAGGAGCAUUAAAGCCAAGCAAUUCAAAAUCUCAUGCAGGUUUAAGUAGAAGCCCUGAAAGAAAGAAAAAUGAAUCAGACUCAUCAUCCAUUGAAGAUACCGGUCAAGCCUAUGUUGUAGGUGUUAGCAUGAAUACUUCAGAAAAUCUUCUGUCAUCAGCAGCAUUAAAAGAGAGUGUUGACUCUCUUCAAACAACACAGAACAGAGUUGCCACACCAGAGAGAGAGAUCACUUUGGUGAACUUGAAAAAGGAUGAAAAGUUUGGCUUAGGCUUUCAAAUAGUCGGUGGAGAGAAGACAGGAAAACUUGAUCUGGGAAUUUUUAUUCAUUCAGUUAUUCCUGGAGGGCCAGCUGAUUUGGAAGGAACUCUCAAACCAGGACACCGCCUCAUAUCCAUAAACAGCACAAGUUUGGAAGGCGUCAGCCACCACGCAGCGUUGGAAAUCCUGGAGAAUGCUCCUGAGGAUGUGACACUUGUCAUCUCCCAGCCCAAGGACAAGCUGUCCAAAGCAUCGUCUAACACUGCUCAUAUCAGCAAUGGAGCCAGGGGUUACUUGAGGAGGCCCUCUUCAGUGCAGGACAACGAGGCAGAGUCCUCUUCAGAAGAGCACAACCGGUGCCGCGGUCACCAGAGGCCUGUUUCAGGGAGCCUCUCUGGAUUGUCGGGAAGCAAGCGGGAUGGAAGCAUGAGCUCCCAGGAUUCCAGGACCGAGAGCGCCAGCCUGUCCCAGAGCCAGCCAGCCGGCUUCUGUGGCAAACGUACGAGUGGGAGAGCCCCGCAGGAUGCUCAGCAUUACAGCGAGCCCCAGGCUGGGGCCUCCAAGGCCAUCGAGAAGAGAAGAUCCUCAUCAGACAGUACACGAGCGAGAAACAAAAGGCCCGGGGUAGCGGAGCCUGUGGAAUAUUCCGACCGAGGGGAUUCUGACAUGGAUGAGGCCACUUACUCUGGCAGUCAGGAGCAGCAGCCAUCUAAAAAGGAUUCUUCCUCAUCGAAUACAGCAAACAAAGUGAAUUCUAAAAAGGCUUCUGCAACACUUCUUAAACCUGGAGAUAUCUUUGAGGUUGAACUAGCAAAAAAAGAUAACGGCUUGGGAAUAAGUGUCACGGUACUGUUUGACAAGGGUGGUGUAAAUACUAGCAUAAGGCAUGGUGGUAUUUAUGUGAAAGCAAUUAUUCCCAAGGGAGCAGCUGAAGCAGAUGGCAGAAUAGAAAAAGGUGACCGUGUGCUCUCUGUCAAUGGGAUUAGUUUGGAAGGAGCUACCCAUAAGCAAGCUGUUGAAACACUGAGAAACACAGGCCAGGUGGUGCACCUGCUGUUGGAAAAAGGUCAGCUGUCAGGGGCCAAGGCUCAUGCUCCAGUGACACCACAGUGCACGCUCCCCAGUCAGGUGGGGCAGUGUGAGCCACAGGAGAAGCCAUCAACAGAAUCUUCAAAUGCCAAAGAUUACAGCUUUGUCACUGCAGAGAACACAUUCGAGGUAAAACUCUUGAAGAACAGCUCAGGCCUUGGGUUCAGUUUCUGCCGUGAAGAUAACGUGACCCCAGAGCAGCUGGGAUCAACUAUUGUGAGGGUGAAGAAGCUCUUCCCUGGGCAGCCAGCUGCAGAGAGCGGGCAAAUCGAGAUUGGGGACGUCAUCCUGAAAGUGAACGGGGCAUCGCUGAAGGGUUUGUCCCAGCAGGAAGUCAUCUCUGCUCUGAGGGGAACGUCUCCAGAGGUCUCUCUUCUCCUUUGCCGGCCACCACCUGGAAUACUGCCAGACAUCGAUCCUUCACUGCUGACCCCCAUCCAUUCGCCCCAACAAGUUUUUCCAGAGGUGAGCAGGGAAAUUUCAGGUCCAUCAAAUGGAGAACGAGGUGACAGCUCAGAUGAAAAUGAAACUACUGAUCUGAGCAAGAAACGGCUAAAAUCCCCCUCCAGAAGAGACAGCUACAGCGACAGCAGCAGGAGUGGUGAUGAGGAGGUGAUGGAGUCAGCAGCACGGGUGGGCCUUGGCUGGAGCUCGGCGCUGUACCACAGCUCAGGUGAAGCCGAGGCACGGGCACAGAGUCAGUAUGAGGCACACCCUCCUCAGAAGGACACUGUUCGCACCAUCCUGUAUCCUGAUCAAGAGGCUCCUGGCAAGGCAGAGCUUGAGGACAGGUAUGCUGCUGAUAAUGAUCCUCAUCACCCUGCAGAAAUGUUUAUAAGAGUAUGUUAUUGGACCUAUUCAUAGAAAUACUUCUUUUUGUUUGUGCCUGAUGUUACCACAUCCAUGUUAAUAAAUGACUGUUAUGCUACUCCUGUCUCUGAGCUGACUUCACACCUGGGAGAAAUAGAUUCAUUACUCACCCAGCUGGAAAAAAAUGCUGAAGAAUAUGAGCCAGAAGUGGAGCUCCGAGUGACUCUGACAAAGUCAGAAAAGGGCAGUCUGGGUUUUACAGUGACCAAGGGUAAUGAUAGUGUUGGCUGCUACAUUCAUGACAUUGUCCAGGAUCCUGCCAAAAGCGAUGGGAGACUACGGCCUGGAGACCGACUCAUAAAAGUUAAUGACAUCGAUGUCACUAACAUGAGCCAUACUGAUGCAGUCAAUUUUCUCCGAGCUGCCCCAAGGACUGUCAGAUUAGUGCUAGGACGUGUUCUGGAGUUACCAAAGAUGCCAGUGUUGCCUCAUUUGCUGCCUGACAUUACAUUAAUGUGCCAUAAGGAGGAGCUAGGUUUGUUGUUAUCAGGAGGCCAGGACAGCCUUUAUCAAGUUGUGUAUAUUAGUGACAUUGUCCCCAAAUCAGUUGCUGCCAGAGAGGAGAGUCUGCGUGUACUAGAUAUUAUCCAUUACAUUAAUGGAGUAAGCACACAAGGAAUGACUCUGAAAGAAGCCAAAAGAAUGCUGGAAACUUACCUUCCAACAGUGGUGCUCAAAGCAACCAGAGAUGGUCAUGCAGUGUUCCCAAAACACAAAAGCUCUGAGAACUCAAGUCUGUGGCCAAUGAAAGCUAAUGGUUGCUCCUGUGGUGAUCCCUGUGAUAAAACAAAAAAGUCAACUGAUGCCUAUGGGCCCAAGGUCAAUGGCAAUGGCAUCCUAGGACCUUCUCAGGAAAAUACCGAAAACGAUAUCCAUCACACGAAAGCAUUAAUGAACCUUUCAGGAGCAGAAGAUGCACCUUCCCUUGGUUUCACCAAUCAGAUGUCAGAUUUUCCUAAACACAUUGACAAAUCAGGAACAGAGUUUCCAGAUGAUGAGUAUUAUGAUGAGGAUGACCACAAUGAAGUUGUCCAGUAUCUGUUGGAUGUUGUAGAUGAGGAAGCCCAGAACCUCUUAAAUCAGAAUAAUGUGACUUCAGAGGCUCAGAGUCUUCUACAUCUCAAGAAGGCUGCAUCAGAAAAUCACCUGCCAGUAGAGAUGAAUGGAAGGGUGACAGAAGAUAAGUCUGAGGACACAGACUGUGAUGGGUCAUCUUUACCUGAAGAUUUUUCAGAGCCAACACCUGUAAAUGGUUGUGAAGACUAUUGUGAAGUAAAAGCUGUACCAGAAAGAUCCCCUCCACAGCCUUCCUUGAGCCAGGCAGAUGAGGAGGAAAUCACAUGGGGAAGCGACGAGCUGCCGAUUGAAUCAGUCAGCCAGGAACGUGUAAAUAAAGAUUUCCCCCUAGUGACAAAUGAAGAGAUCUCUGCACUCCCUACUGUGAAUGUGCUCCCUGGAGGCAAAUAUUCAGGAGCCAAAUUGAAGUCAGUGAUCAGGAUGUUGCGUGGAUUGCUGGAACAGGGAGUCCCUUCUAAAGAGAUUGAAAACCUUCAGGAGUUAAAACCUCUGGAUCAGUGUUUGAUUGGACAAGCAAAGGAGAACAGGAGAAAGAACAGAUAUAAAAACAUACUUCCUUAUGACACCACCAGAGUCCCUCUCGGGGUUGAAGGUGGGUACAUCAAUGCCAGCUUCAUUCGCAUGCCCGUGGGGAAUGAGGAGUUCGUUUACAUCGCGUGCCAAGGACCUCUUCCUACUACUGUAGCAGAUUUCUGGCAAAUGGUUUGGGAACAAAACUGUACUGUGAUUGCCAUGAUGACUCAGGAGGUCGAGGGAGAAAAGAUAAAGUGUCAGCGUUACUGGCCAGAUGUGCUCAAUAAAACCACCAUGAUCAAUGACAGACUACGCCUUGCUCUUGUGAGACUUCAGCAGCUGAAGGGCUUCAUCAUCAGAGUGCUGGAGCUCGAAGAGAUUCAGACGGGGGAAGUGCGGCACAUUUCCCACCUGAACUUCAUUGCCUGGCCUGACCACGACACCCCCUCCCAGCCAGACGAUCUGCUCACCUUCAUCUCCUACAUGCGACACGUGCACAGGUCGGGACCCAUCAUCACCCACUGCAGCGCCGGUAUCGGGAGGUCGGGCACCCUCAUCUGUAUAGACGUGGUGCUGGGGCUGAUCAGCAGAGACCUCGAUUUUGACAUCUCAGACCUGGUGCGCACGAUGCGUCUGCAGAGACACGGAAUGGUUCAGACAGAGGAUCAGUACAUUUUCUGCUAUCAAGUUGUCCUUUAUGUCCUGAACUAUCUCCAGCACGAAGAGCAACAGAGAGACAAAUAAAAUACUGAAGGAGAAGUGCAUUUAAAAUAAGGAAGCAAAGAGGUUGAGAGGCCCUGGAACAUUUUAUUUGUCCUGCCAAUAGUUUUCUAAUUCCUUUCUUCAGUUGCUGUCCAAUGUCUUUUCUGUAAAGUCUCUCCAUCAUUCCAAAUAAAGUAUAUAGUUCUAAGGGAAAGGGAUAGCUCACACAAUACCACUUUUGUCUUCAGCCCCAUGGAUGCACAUGUGAGAUUUUUGUAUAACAAUAUUUAAUAAAGCUGCAAUUUUUUUGCAGCUUCCUUAAUAUGUCAUAAAAUACUGAAAUAAAAAUAUUUUAAUUUAAAAAGAAAAGUAAAGAAGAAAAAAAGUAAUCCUAUACUUCUUCCUGCAGUUCUGCAAUUGUUUUUGGGGUAUUUGUUUCUUACGGGGUGGGGAAGUGGGAGGGAUGAAGCAGUAUUUUUAUCCUGGCAAACUUUAUUACAGACAUUUUACUAGUCUCUUCUGAAAGCUUGUUCAUGGCACAGAAUUUUUUGCCCUUCUGGUACAAUUACAGCUAUUUUAUAGAAGGUAUCUUGAAAUCAGCAUUUAAGCUUUAAGAGAUGCCUGUUAGCAUAAGGAUAGUAGUGAAUCUUAACUGUAUCACAGUUAAUAAUGUUUACUUCAUAGAAUUUCAUGUAUAUAUUUAUAUACUUUUACACAAAAAAAAGCUGAAUUAUUGAGUGUCUAACCUUAUAAUUGAUUAGACAUCUCUGUUCUGUAAAUAAAAAUAUACCUAAUGUACACUAA